CCUCACAUGAGGUUUUGGAAGGGGGCCAAGCCGAGAAGAAUCCAAUUCGUGGUCGCCGUCGCCGUCGUUUUUUUUCCAAGACGUUCCGUGCACGGCUCCGGACGCAGAGUGCGCGCCGCUACUACCCAGAAACUAGUCGAGUUUUUGCUUCGAGCAGGUAAACACAACAAGUCCGAGUACGGGAGGCGUGCGUGCAUCGAGCAAGCGAUUUCCCGCAAAGCAUUGACACGAGCUGAGGCGACAACCCAGAGUGGCCGCCACGACGAGAAUCCCACGACAAGUGUGCAGGGCGAGAAAAAGAAAAAGUUCUGAGUGCCUUCCCCCGUCCCGUGACAGACGUUGCGAGGGUGUAAUUACUGUAAACCGUGUCGACUGGCGUUCUGUCGGUGAUUUUUGCGCCGCGCAACACUUGCCACACGGAGCGCGUGCAGACCCCAAAGUGCCGGCCGGACCGAGACGAGCUGCGGCGCCCAAGACACUUCUCCACUUUCUUAAGACGUUCCCCGCAGCCGAGCAGCGCUCACAGACAGUCGAGCGUUUUGCCAGACAGUGGACAGCCCGCGCGCGCGAAACUUUUAUCUUGAAUUGGACUCGCGGCCGCCGUUCCUGGAAAUUCGGUUCGGAAGCGCUUCCGAUCCGCCUGCAAGUGAGCCUUGAAGUCCUCCGCGGAGACAGGAGUGGGCGCGAAGUGCGAGCCUUUUGUUUACAUAGCGCGGCCAUAAACGCAGCCCAGAAAUUGUGCAAACGUGCGGGAGUGUUCGAACAGGUCGAGUGUGGUUCUCGCGGUUCGCGCCAAAAGUACUAAUUAGUGGAUCGUGGAGGUUGAGUCCUUGAAGUGCCACCCCGGCGACCGCUGAACUUGUGAAGGAUAAACAGAAAUCAGUGCCGGAAGUUGCAUAUCGGGUGCUGUGUCGUCUUCCUGGAGUUUUGUGUACUGUUCCGAGGUCGAGUUGAGUGAGAAUUGCUUAGGAGACGGCCAGGACGCGCUCAUCGUGGCCGCCCUCAUCAAUUUUGCAUACGACGGCAUCUCCUCGUCCUUACGUGCCAUGUUCUUUGCUCCCGCAUUCUUUUCGUGACAUUUUUUUAUCGAUUUUUCGUGCUUUUUUUAUCCUUCCCCCGGGGCGAGGGUUUCGACUGUUCUUUCAAUUGUGCUACAUUAAGUUGGGACGCCGACCAAGAGGAGAGAAAUCGUCCUUGGAUUGUCUCAGGAGCGGUUUGAAGGUAAAAGAUUUUCCAGUAAUUUGAGCUUGGAUGCAGCAGAAGGCCAGACCCUGCCUUUAAUGAGAAGCACCUCAGGAGAUUGUGCCUUGAAUCCUACAAAUUGUUGACCAGAAAAGUCACUUCGUACCUUCGACUAUUAAGAAAGGAUCCCGCUAGCGUCUGCCCGCCAAGGAUACAACGCGCCUUUGAAAGAUUUCCAUUAAUUUGUUCACUACCCCGCUGCCAACAUUUCCAUCACGCUGGAGGGCCGUACGAUAGAAUACAGACCGCCCGGCGGCGGUUUGGAUUACCACAACUCCCCGCUGAUGGCGGAGAUUCCAGCAGGUGACUACCUGCAUCGCUCCAUCGAUCAGCUCCGAUCCAUGAACGAGCGAGCAGUGCUUGGUCCUUUGGGCCACCUGACCAGCACCGACCUGCGAGCAUCCCUGGUCCACGACUACAAACCUUUCAUAAAUGAUCUGCGGCAGAAUGUGGAGCGAAUGGAUUAUGUGAAGAACGGAUUGGAUAUACACAGACAAAAUGGACAGCAAGGUGGCCAGCCACAAGGACAUCAGAACGGAAUGGAUGGCCAAGGGAAUAACAAUCAAGGAGACGAUUUGCGACUGGAUCAGCAGCAGCCGCAGUUGGAGUUGAAGCAGAGCUAUAGUGCCCCGUCGACACCACCAACGCCACUGUCGAUUGCCGAGACACAAAUGACGGAAACUAAGGUCUUGAAGUCGUCAAGAGGAAAAAAGCUCUUCACACCAAAAUCCGAGAUGCAACUACACAAUCAACUUCACAUGCGCGAAGCGAAACCAUACAAAUGCGCACAAUGCACAAAGGCCUUUGCCAACUCCAGCUACCUCUCUCAACAUGCUCGUAUUCAUUUGGGCAUUAAACCAUAUCGCUGUGAAAUUUGCCAACGAAAAUUCACCCAAUUAUCGCAUCUUCAACAACACAUUCGAACACAUACAGGAGAUAAGCCGUACAAAUGCCGACAUCCAGGUUGUCAGAAGGCAUUCUCACAACUGUCCAAUCUGCAAUCGCAUUCGCGAUGCCAUCAAACCGACAAACCAUACAAAUGUAAUUCAUGCUACAAGUGCUUUAGCGACGAGCAGGCUUUAUUGGAGCACAUACCAAAGCACAAGGAGUCCAAACAUCUGAAGACACAUAUUUGCAACUUCUGCGGAAAAAGUUACACCCAGGAGACAUACCUACAAAAGCAUAUGCAGAAACAUGCUGAGAAGGCGGAAAAACAAGCGAGAGCAGCAGCCAAUUCCGCAGCGAAUUCAGUGGCUUCUGUUGCCACAUCGGCAGCAACUUCAAGCGUAGCUUUAGCAGGACUAGGUCUCAAUCUCAAUCGUAAUAUUGGAAUCAAUGUGGCAGCUGCCGCGGCAGUCAAUGGGGAACAUCCCUACUGGCCGAAAGUCAGUCCCGACUCAGCGGCCUCACUAGCAGAAGCCAUGCAACAACAACAGCAAAACAGCUAUGACUUCGCCUUGGCUCAGCAACAAAGUGAGCUCCAAUCGCACCAUCGAACCCUUCUCGAACAUCAUCGCGCCUUGAACGGAAGCACGAAUGGCAACAAUUCCCAAAAUUCCAACGAAGAAGGCGAGGACCUCGUAGUAUCACGACAGCAAAACAACAAUGCCCUCGCUCAACACCUCUCCAAUCAACAAACUUCACCUGUGAACCAGUCGGUAGUCACGUCCGUUUCCAACGGCAACUACGAUGCUGCUAGCAUAACAAAAACAACCACCAACUCUGCCUUCACCCCCAUCAACACAAUGCCACCCCACAUCAAUACCUUGGGGCAUCACACAGUUCCUCAACGUUCGUAUUUCUACGAUGCAAUCAACUUCCAGACGAAAAACGUUAACCAAAACACCUCAAACGCUUUCCCCAAUCAAUUGAUCUCUUUGCAUCAAAUACGAAAUUACGCCCAUCAGCCCAGUGCCACAGGAUUAAUGGCUGGCGAACAUCUCUUGGGAAUUGGCGUUGGUGCCGGCAAGGAGAAGGCUCAAUAGUUGAUGUGGAUGAAAGCUUUGCGGCUCACAGCUUAACAGAUAGAGAAUAAUACUAGGUCAAAUUUGUCUAAAACGCCAUACUAAGCGAAAAAACUAACCCUGCUUUGAAGCAAAGCACCAAUGAUCUCAUGAUUGUUCUAAUUUUGCAAGAGGGUCUAACCACAGUGGCCUAAGGCAAAUAACAAAUAUCAGGGACACAAAGUUAAAAUAGUUAAAAGAUUUUAUUGCAUCAACACGCACGGAUCAGGGGAGCUCAUCGGAAACGAGUCAAAAGACCUUUGAUUUUCUGAUGGGCUCAAAUUCAAUUGGUGAAAAUCAACCCCACCAAUGUUAGCCUUCAGCCUGGCAGCGUUGACUUAAACUGCUAUGAAAAGCAGGUCGUUGAAACGCUGUGUGGCACUGGUACUUGAAUCAAUCUGGAUCCACGACGUUGAUAGAUUUACAGCUCCACCAUCAUCCUAGUUUUGGGUGUUGGUGAGCUUUUACAAAAGCAAUACGGGUGAUUAUAGUAUUGACCAAUGAAUACAAAACGUAUUUGUUUCUUUAUCUUAACAUGCAUCAACUGUUGGAAUGUUACAAAUGAAACAUAGUAAACUCUAGGGAAUCCAAUAAACUACUCCUUUUUAUAUAUUUUUACGUGAAAUUUCCUGAUAAACGCCGAGUGAUAGAUAUAUUUAAGAUCCUUGUAGAGUUUAGACUAGGUUAGUCUUAUUAGAGAUGAAAAAAUUGUAAAAAUUCUGUACAGAUCAUAUCGAGGAAGUAAUAUUCAGAAAUGUUUAGGGAGUAAGGCUUUUUGGUUUUAAACAUUUGUUGCAUUUAAUAUGUAUAUGUACAUAGUAUUAAGUUUUUUUAACGCUGCAUUUAGUAGAUAUUCGAAGAUACGUAGAACAAGCAAAGGCAGUGAAUGUAAGGUUACCAUUUUUAUCGUUUCUUCUUCUCAUUUUGUUUUAAGACAGAACGAUGUAGUGCCAUGCUUUCAAAAUUGAUUUUCAGUAUAUUUUGCUGUUAAUUACGUACAAAAAAAAUUAUGUUUCGGUUUAACUUUCGACUGGGAUAACAAGUCUAAAAGUAACUUAAUGCUUUGAUUCGAAUAAAUUUCCAAUAAUACUGAUAAAUUUA